AUGGGUAGGAGUUGGUGGUCAUAUCUGAGUCAAAGGAGGACUGGUUUGAAACGUUUGAUUUGCGACUGCAUUAUCUUUUCACCGCGUGCCUCGUUUAUCUUUGGUAUGAUUUUCAGCCGUGCCUUGGUAGAAUAUGCAGUGAUUAAUUUGUUGAUAACCUAUCUGACAAGGCAGUGGGCGAGCCCAGAUCUUUCAAAAGCCGCAGCGGUUUUAAAUAUGCAAGAGGGUUUAUCAACAACUCUGGUGAUUGUUCUUGCUUACAUAUCUCAUGCCCGGGGACGUUUUCGAAUGGUCGCGCUCACCACUCCUCUUUAUAUCAUUGGAUUGGUGCUACUAUGGCUUCGAGAUCAGAAACUAACUGAAAGUAGGGAGGCAUGGCUGUUCUAUGUGGCACUGCUGCUAAUAGCUUUGGGUACUGCAGGACUCGAUACGCCUCUAUAUCAAUAUUUUGUUGAUGAGAUAAAAAAGAGUGAGUCUAAGCGCGGUAGAGAUGGGGAAUUAGGGAAUAUGUCUGGAAAAACAAAAAUAGAUGAGGAAGGGGAUAUGCAGGGAAAAAAAUAUAUGGACGAGGAAGAUGAUAUGCCCGAAGAAAAAGAUAUGCAGGGAAAAAAAAAUAUGGAUGAGGAAGACGAUAUGCCCGAAGAAAAAGAUGUGGAAGCCAUUGUAGAAGUCUGGUGGCGCAUGGCGCGAUUUUCAGGUGCUACCUUAUCUACAUUUACGCUUUCAAAAUAUUCUUAUUCGUGGGCAUAUGCGUUCAAGAUGUCAGCAAUUACCAUGGCCAUCGCAUAUGUACUGUUCUGCUUUGGUUUUUUUCUAUUUCAAUGGUUAGACAAAGCUGCUAUUGCGGAGUCUGGAAAGCAAGAAGAAAGUAAAAGAGAGGUUGCACAAGUGAAUAAGGAAAAAAAAGUUUUAGUAAGAAUGGUACCUAUGUGGUUAACCUUCCUUGUGUACAGUCUGGUGGAGGCAACCGGGACUACUUUCUUCCUUGAGCAAGCUACCAACUUGAAUUAUCAAAUUGGGAAUGGAUACACUGUUUCAGAAAACAUUUUCUUUUUGUUCAAGUCCUUCUCAAGCUUCAUUUUUGCUUAUCUGUGCGACUUACUAAUUGAAAAGUUCCGCGAUAGACGAACACACCAUCAUUUUACGCUUGUGAGAAUUGGUUUGGGGAUGGUGAGUUGUAUAUUAUGUUGCAUCACUGCAUUGCAGGUUGAGAUUCGGAGGUUGCAUUUAGUUAAGAAAGCCGGAUUGGAACACAACACAGAGACUACUAUUUCUAUGAGUAUUUUGGGGUUAACUCCACAGUACUGUUUGUUGGGAGUUGUGGAAGGACUUGCCGGAGAAGGGCUCCAAACAAUUUUCAAAAGUCAAGUUGCUGAUGAGAAACCUGAAUAUAAGAGCUACGGGCAGGCGUUCACCGAAUGUGUAUUGGGCAUUGGGAAAUUCAUUAGCAUAUGCUGUGUCUUCAGUUUCAAAAUCUGGUUCGGAGGCAAUGUAAAUACGAGCCAUUUGGAUCGCUAUUACAAAAUGUUAGCUUUUCUCUGUGUUGGCAACCUAUUGGUCUACAUUUGCGUUUCAAUCUUGUAUUAUUGGAAUAAAGUUCCAGGGGGAAAAGAAGAUGAAGACUCGGGGGGUGCAAACUCAAAAGAGGAGAAGGGAUGUUUAGACUUUGUAGAUGCUUGUACACAAGCUUUUAGUUAA